UUAAAUCGCACGCGCUGUAGAUUGUCCCACAUUUUGUGCAUCUAACCCAAAAGCACUUCUGCUUCCUUCCCUUCCAUCCAUUUUAGAUUAUAAUCUUAGCUUCUGCUUGAUUUUCAGUUAUAACAAAGACUAAUUACGAGAUUUGAGGACGCAGAAUCUAUCAACUAGGUUUUUUCUUUUAAUUUACCCAUAAUCUAUUUUUAUAUCUUCUAUUCGUUUUUGGUGAAAAUUAAUUUAAUUUUGCGUCGCUGGAAUCAUAUGGCUUCAAGUUUUGAUCGAUGGGAGAAGGAUCCUUUCUUCUCUGCGGCGGAGGAAGUUCAAGAAUCAGCGGACAGGAUGGAAUCAACGUAUAGAACUUGGAUUCACGCAAAGAAAGAUGCGUCAAGUUUGUGGAAUUCUGAGGAACUCCGCCGUGACCUUCGUAUUGCCCUUGGCACCACCAAAUGGCAGUUAGACGAGUUUCAACGUGCUGUCAGGUUGAGUUACAAUAAAACCUUUAUCGAGGAUGCAAGAGACAGGCAUCGGGAAUUUAUCAUUGCAAUUGAGGACCAGAUUUCAAAAAUUGAACAUUCAUUAAAAGAAUCUGCCCUUUUGGAGGGCAAGACAUCGUUGCCUUGGGUGCGAUUAGAUGAAGGCGAGUGUAAUGAACUUGCAUUGUUUUUGUCGGGGCCAUCAUCAUUUGGAGACGCUGCUACUGUCAAAAAUCAUAACAUAGAUGAUGAAAACCAACAAAGGAUGGUUAAAGAAUUGACCGCUGAUUGUUUGAAGAGCUCAAAUCAUUCAGUCGAAUGGGAUUCCCUGGAUGCCAGGGAUGAGAAAUCUCAUGGGCAUAGGAGGACAGCCAGUGCUAGUGCUGACAUUGGCGGUUGGAAGAUUGCAAUCGCUGGAGUUAGCUGUCAAGCAAAUUCUUCUAAUGGGCAACCCCUGCGAAAAGUACCUAGUUUAUCAGGAUUUUUAAGUUCCAUGGAUUGUGCAUCCAAAUUCAAGUUGCCAAAGAGUGGUGGUAGGAAAUGGAAGGCACUGGAUAGUAAUAAAGAAUCUGAUACUGCACGCUUGUUUUCUUCACAAUUGACCAGGGGCAUGUGUUCAUAUUAUGAAAAAAGUAAGAGCUGCUUGGAUGGUUGUGAUGAGUGUUAUGAUAAGCAGCUUUAUGGCUGGUAUGGAGUUAUACAGAGACAGCUUCAACGGUCUCAUUAUCAAAUGCAAUAUAGUCGACAUGUUCAAGUAGUUGUCUGGGCUGUUCUUCUCCUUUGCUUAAUUGUGUUAAUUGUGUUGCGAGCAAUAUAAGGAGGAUAUGAAAUCUUUGUCCUGCAUUUUACACCAGGGGGCAGUAUGUGGAAUGAAGGGGUGCUCUAGACUUCUAGCAGCAGGAUUUAGAAUGCGUGUUCUGGAGAAAGUUCAAUCAUUGUCAUGAAGUGGCUCGUUAGGGAUAUGGGUAGAUAAAUACAAUGUACUACGAAUGAUUUCAGCCUUUGACCCUGCUCUCUCUAAUCCAAUGAUUCUUUUUUUUCCCUUCAAAUUUUUAAUUGAAGGGCGAUUUUAUUUUUUAUUAUUGUAAAGCCAGCAGAUGACGUAGGGAGUUUGCUGAGGGUAUUUCUUUUAUGUCAUUGGAUCCUAGAAGACAAUCUUCUCUCUUGUAGUCAUCUUUGUGCAACUAUAAUUGUGAAGCUGCCUUUUGUAUAUAUACACGCCAUUUUCAUAUAUUUAGCCCCUAGGUGACUUCCAAUUUAUUA